GAAAUAAAAAGAAGUACUGUAGAAACUAUAGAAAACCCAAAAUUAGGGUUUUACUUCCAGAAAGAAAGCCUGUUCAUUCAUCACCGAGACCAGACCUUUUACAUAAUUAUUAUUAUGUCUCGAAUAUGUGUAAAAAAUCUGCCAAAGCAUGCCAACGAGGACCGCCUUCGCGAUUAUUUUUCGCAGAAAGGAGAAGUUACUGAUGCUAAGCUUAUGCGAACCAGUGAUGGUAAGAGCAGACAGUUUGGUUUUAUUGGAUUUCGGAGCGAUGAAGAAGCUGCCGAAGCUCUUAAGUUCUUUAAUGGAUCUUAUAUGGAUACUUACAGGAUUACUUGUGAGAUUGCUCGGAAAGUGGGUGAUCCAGAAAUGGCACGUCCAUGGAGCCGCCAUACUCUUAAGAAACUACAGAAAGACAAGUCAACCGUGGAGAAAAAAGAAUCCGUUAGUUUAAGUCGAAAAGGUAAAGCAGAGGUGAAGGAUGAUGAUGCGGAGAAUGAGGACCUUCAGUUCCAGGAGUUUAUGCAACUCAUGAAACCACGUACGAAGUCAAAGUUAUGGUCGAAUGAUAUGCUGGAAGCCCCCCAAGGAAAAGAUGGUAAAAAGCAAGCUAAAGUAGACGGGGAAGGCAAAAAGAAAAAGAUUUCAAAAUCUGCUAAGUUAAUUGAAACUGGUGAUGAAGCUGAUGGUGUUUCAGACGAUCAAGCAGAUAAGAUGGAAAUUAGUGCGGAACAAGAAAAAGCUGUGUCUGAUAUGGAUUACUUUAAAAGCAGGGUAAAGAAAGAUUGGUCAGACUCAGAUUCUGACGAUGAUAAUGACGAUGAAGGGGAUGUAGAGGAGUCAGAGAAGGAUGAUGAAAUUACCAAGAAACACCAUGACAUCCUUUCUGAAAUAGAAGAUGAAGAGACUGCAGAUUUAACUGAAAAACCUAACGAGACAGAUGAUGUAGAUGAACCAUCAUCAAGUUUAGAAGAUGAAGAUGCUGUUCUACAAACUGGUCGUCUUUUUGUUCGUAAUCUGCCAUAUACUGCUACGGAAGAUGAUUUGCGGGAGCACUUUAGCAAGUUUGGCAACGUAUCUCAAGUCCAUCUGGUGGUUGAUAGAGAGACAAAGCGAUCAAAGGGAAUCGCUUACAUUCUCUAUGCACUCCCUAAAUCUGCAGCCAGAGCUCUGGAAGAUCUUGAUAAUUCUAUUUUCCAAGGCAGACUCUUGCACAUUAUGCCAGCAAAGCAGAAAAUUGUUCCUGUAAAAAAGGAUGAUUUGGCCGAUCACUCAAAGACGUUUAAGCAACAGAGAGAAGACAAAAGGAAAAAAUCUGAAAUUGAUGGAGAUACAAGAUCAUGGAACACUUUAUAUAUGAGACCAGAUACAGUUGUUGAAAAUAUUGCGAGGGAAUUUGGUACAAGUAAAAGUGAACUACUUGACCGUGAAGCCUCAGAUGUAGCUGUACGUAUCGCAUUGGCUGAAACUCAAGUGAUAGCAAAGACAAAAAAGGCUUUAGCAAACGCUGGUGUUAACGUGACUUCCUUGGAAAAUUUUGCCAGUCAAAAAACAGAGGGUGUUAAAAGAAGCAAUCAUGUUAUACUUGUUAAAAAUCUCCCCUAUGGUUCUUCUGAAAGUGAACUAGCUACCAUGUUUGGAAAAUUUGGAAGUAUUGACAAAGUUAUCCUUCCUUCAACCAGAACUCUGGGUUUGGUUGUUUUUCUUGAACCUGGCGAAGCUCGUGCAGCACUUAAAAAUUUGGCAUACAAGCGGUACAAAGAUGCUCCAUUGUAUUUGGAGUGGGCACCUAGUGACAUUCUUAGUGAAGAUCCAAGGGGUGUAACCGAGGAAGAUGAACUUCCUGCUGUGGGGCAACACGAGACAAAACGUGCAUUACUAGAGCGAGAGUUGGAAGGAACUACAGAGUCUGAUAUUGAUACUGAACGAGUUGAGUCCCGGUCGCUUUUUGUCAAGAACUUGAAUUUUAAAACCAAUGACGAGAGUUUGAAGAAGCAUUUUGUUGAGCACGUGAAGGAAGGAAAACUCCGUAGCGUCAGGAUAAAGAAACACUUGAAAAAUGGGAAAAACGUCUCGAUGGGUUUUGGAUUUUUGGAGUUUGAUUCUGUGGAUACCGCUGUACAUGUUUGCAAGAAUCUACAGGGAACGGUUUUAGAUGGGCAUGCUCUCAUAUUACAAUUGUGCCACGUUAAGAACAAUGACAAAGUAAAAGAGAAGGUGGGCGAAGAUCAAAGCUCAACAAAGUUGAUUGUAAGAAAUGUUGCUUUUGAGGCUACAGAGAAAGAGUUGCGGCAACUGUUCAGCCCAUUUGGCCAGGUUAAGAGUUUGAGGCUUCCAACAAGGUUCGGGAAGCAUAGAGGAUUUGCUUUUGUGGAGUAUGUAACCAAGCAAGAGACGAAGAAUGCCCUCCAAUCUUUAUCAAACACUCAUUUGUAUGGUCGCCAUCUGGUUCUAGAGAGAGCAAAGGAAGGAGAGAGUUUAGAAGAGCUACGGGCUCGAACUGCUGCUCAAUUUGUUGACGAGAGCACAGGUUUUCAAAACCAAAGCAAACUCUCUCUAAAGAGAAAACAACUUGAUAUAUAGGAUCAACUUGGAAAAAGAGAUGUCGGUGCUUACUGCCAAGAGCCUGAAAUACGUGGCUCUUCAGUAAAGGUGAGUUUUGUAGGAUCUUACACAGAAAAUCAGUGUCAGUUUUGCUUCCAUUUUUCUUUUUGUGAAAUUUUUUUAUUUUCUAUGCUAUAAGCCUGAAAGAGCAUAAACAACACUAUCAUUGUGUGUAGCGUGUUUCUUUUUUUUUUUUUUGGAUCAUAUCUUAAGUUAUUAUGAGAGUAUAAAUCAAUGUUCUCCGUACCUUAACUUUAUUAGCAUUAAA